AUCUUUAUGGUAAGAUAUCGAGCUGCUAGCUGUAGUGGUUUGCGUUGGUUUCUCUGUGGUUAAGGUUCGGUCAGGUCACAACACAACUUGGUUGGUUUUAGGGAGACGUCUAGUUUGGGUCAAAGUUGGACAUUUCAACAUGGGGACUUAUGGAGCCAGCCUCAACGUUGGCUUCAUUCCACAGCCGGCACCAAACCUUGGGGAAUCUGGACCGGUAGCAACAGUUAUUUCAUGUGCCUGCCCACCUCAUGUAAACAUGUCCAAUAUUCUUGAUCUUUUUAGCUCCGUUUUUGGUCUCCACCAGCUAAAGAAGCUCCACUCACUGUGUCUGUCGACUCAUCUGAGCUUUUUAACUGAAAACAUUUUCCUCAGGACAAACACGAAGACUUAAAACACACAAAAACAACAUGCUGCUGUGCCAUUAAUAACGUUAAUCUGCACAAAGUCAACGCACAUUACGGAGAUGUUUAACAGGCUGCAGACUGAAUGCAAUAAAUACGAACCAUCAUUUAUCAUCGUAACAAUGAUUUGUGCUGCAGGUAAAGAUGAAGUUUGUAGAACGUGUCGGAGGUUCAAACAUACGUCACGUUUCUUAUUAUUAACUGAACUCUUACAUGCUUUACAUCACAAUGAAACACAUUAGAGAGACUGUAGCUACAAACUAAAGUUCUGACAAGACGUUAAAACUUUUUAGUUUGGAUUAACGUGAACGUUGUGUGGUGGUUUGUAAUGCUUUGACAUGUUUUGAGAUGAAGACUUCACUAAUUAAAUUAGCCAAUGAUUGAACAAAAACAGGCCGAGAAGUUUACAGGAAGUCUUCGUGGUGUUGAAAAGACAUUGUGCAUCGUGUUGUUGUUUUCUCACCUUGUGCACUGCUGGUGACAGAAACGUGUGACACCCGUCGAGCUUUGCAGGAAGGAAAGUGCAACAUUACGGAGAGAUUAAACAUAUUUUAUGAGUCGUUAUGGUUCGUAAAGGACGUCUCCUCGUUUAAAGGGGGACCACAAGUGGGCGACCAUGUUGGGUCAGAGCGUCCGGUUGCAGCCGGUGCCCAUCCAGAGCCUGUCGGAGCUCGAGCGAGCCAGGCUACAGGAAGUGGCCUUGUACCACCUGGAAGAGAGAGACCUGGAUUUCAAGAUCAGCAUCCCAAGAGAAAUGCGUAAACGGAGAAAAUCUCUUCGCAGGAAGUUUGACUCGUUCUCUAAGGAAAAGAAAGAGCGAGAGUCGAUGCCCAUGGCGUUCGGCAUCCCCCUCUCCCAGGUCAUCGCCAACGACCAGGCCUACAAGCGGCGGCAGGACGCCCUGAAGGAGAGCCGGCGGGACUGUCUGGACCUGGAGGCCAGCAUCCUGCGCUUCCGGGCCGAGAAGCGACAGUUCUUCAACGGGAACAAGCCGCUGGUCAGCUCCUCGUCGCUCACGGGAGGUCCCGGCUCGCCGUCCGCAAACUCUGUGGCACCGGCGCCAAUUUUUGAGACCCAGAACAAACCGCUGUCGCCUACGUUCCUGGAUAACACCGGCCGUGGACAGAGGAGGGGUGGUCUGUCAGUGGACUCUAUAUCCGACCUUGUAGAGAGUCAGUCUCGCCUGCUGGAGGCGCUGCAGCUCUCCCACCCAGCCGAGCUGGAGUUGAAGAAGUCGCCGGGUGGCAGCGGUGGCUCAGGAGGGGACGGGAGGACCCAGACCAAGCUCAGCCUGAACCCCAUCUACAGACAGGUUCCCCGGGUGCUGGAGAGGUGCUGCAGUCACAUUGAGACCCACGGUCUUCAGACUGUGGGAAUUUUCCGGGUUGGUAGCUCAAAGAAGAGAGUGAGACAGCUACGGGAGGACUUCAACAUGGGGGUGGACGUCCAGCUGGACGAGGAGCACAGCGUCCACGACGUGGCGGCGCUGCUCAAAGAGUUUCUCAGAGACAUGCCGGAUCCUUUGCUGCCCAGAGAACUCUACCCCGCCUUCCUGCACGCCAACCUGCUGAGGGGAGCAGACCAGCUUCAGUACCUGCAGCACCUCCUCUACCUGCUGCCUCCUUGCAACUGCGACACCCUCCUGCGACUCCUCAGCCUCUUGCACACCGUGCAGAGCUUCGCCCAGGACAGCAUAGGAACUAAUGACGAGGAGAUUACCGGUAACAAGAUGACUGCUGCCAACCUUGCGGUGAUCUUUGGGCCCAACCUGUUGCAGAGUGAACGAGGCGACGGGAGUCCUCACAUCUACGCGAUGGGGAUCGAAGACAGCACGGCGAUCAUCAGCGUGACCCUGCUGCUUGUACAGAACUACAGGAGGCUUUUCACGGUUUCUGCAGAGCUGCAGCAGGAGGUCCUGAUGAGUUUGAUCCAGACGGACCCGGACAUCAUCGACUAUCUGCUGCGUAGGAAACUCAGCGGCAGUCAUCUGACGGUGGAGAGCAGCAGCGAGUCGGGGGGUCGCCGGGAUACCGGGGCGUCUCUGGACUCGGUGGGAGCCUCCAGUGGGAGUUUGUCACCGCUGGAGCCUCCAUCGCCGCUUUUUCCUCCUGACGGUAGUGGUGGCGAGGGCAGCCUGACCAGCGAGGUCUUCCUCAACGUGCUCAAACUGAACCAGAACAGGAAGCGGCAGGAGACGAGAUAUGGUGAGGUCUCUUCAGGUAAAUCAAUCCGCCACAUGCGUCAGUUCCACUCCCACCACAACCUGCUCAGCCUGGCCCAGUCCCCCUCGUCUUCCACCUCGGACACCCAGGAACGCAGAGGCCCGCUGGGCUCAGCGCUGAGCUUCACCCUGGGCGGCGGCGGCAGCGGCGGUGGCGGUGUUGGAAGCAGAAGCGGCAGCUGCUGCAGUCUGAGCGGCUCCACGGAGAGCAGCAUCUGGGUGAGACAGACGCCGCAGGAGGAGAGCAAACCGUCACCGGCUGCUAACUUCUGGGACUUCUUCACCGGGAAAGGGUCGAGCUCUGAGACGAUGGUAUGAUAAAGGCAGGAACGUGAUGAGGAAAGAGUUUGUGUUUGCCGUCAGAGGUCGGAAACCUCCAGAAAAAUAUGGUCAAAGAAGAUGUUACAGCUGAUUUAAGAAAAAAUCCCAAAUUUCCUACUCGAGCAUCCUGUUGCAGAUUUUUCAUGUUGGAAGUUGGAAUUUCCCACUUUUCUGGCACCUCUGGAACGCAGCAUAUGUACGAAUGUGAAGUUUGGACACGAAUGAAGAAAAUCUACAAGUGAAGGAGGAAAUGUCGGAUGUAUAAAGACUUUUUUUUGUUUUUAAGACAGUUGGAAAAAGAUUUUUAAGCACAACGUUGUUGACGUCAGGAAACGAAGAAAAAGACUCAACAAAUCUGUCUAUGAGAUUAUAAGUGGAUGCAGUAAUAAUUAUUAUGUAAAUAAUCUACAUGACCCUCGUCUUUACUACCUAGAACGACAUAAGUAACUGUAGCUGCAUGGACUUUACUAACUCUUCUUUAUCGAUGUUGAUGCCAGCCUCCCUUUGGUUUCUGUUGUGUUGUUCCUCUAACCUGCAAUAAGCUGAAUUCUCUGACCAGAUCCAGUGCUGCAGCCAAUCGUAGCGGUCAAACCAGCCUGAAAUGUCUCUGAAACUGGACCUGCUGUGUUCCGGCUUUGUUUAUUUCAACAAGCAGCUUCUAAAUAUGGUUUGUGUCCGAUGGCUUGAGGAUGAGUGUGCGAGCAGGAGAGGGAGCACUGGAGCACUGGUCGAAAGCCUGCGAAUCACCAAAAUAAAAAGCUAUUUUCUGAUUAUUUCAUAGCGGCUACAUUCAACGCAGAUAAACACAACCCUGCGACUUCUCGCUGCAACGCCUGGUUUGGUCUGAAUACAUGACUACGAAUUCAAAACACCUGAAGGCAUCGUAGCAACGAAAACGGUAUUGACUUUGUGAUUUGCAGCUCAAAAGAAGUUCAUAGUAAUUGUACUACUACUUAAAGUACCCUACUUGAGUCAGUUCUUUCAUGGAUGCAGUUUUGGUAUCUCCAAACUGGUUAAACAAAAUAAAGUAUCUUUACCUGCAAAUCACCAAACAAAUACUCGCAGGGAAGAACAUCUGUUACCAUAGUAGUCCAUGUUCAGGGGGCCGGAUCCUCUUGAGGACCAAAUGACGGUCAGGCUGGACCUGCUUCCUCCUGUCACAAUUAGUCGAGAUCAAAACGGUGCGUUCAGGUGCCUCAAGUCUGAGAGAAGAGUACGAGGAACUCUCAUGAUGCCUGAUUUGUUAGAGUCUGUUAGAGUUUAUACUUGGUGGUCGAGGGUCAUCUGCAUUCUCCAAGCUGAAGAAGGUUGCAUUUCAGAGUCUUUAAAUUUGUUUAAAAGUAACCGAACAGACUUCUUCUGACCUGAUUCGACCUGUUUGUGGAGGCAUUGUCAUGUUUCAUCUUUUCAUCACACCAUUGUCAUAGGACUUCAUUGCUGUCCUUUAACCACAGGAGGGCGACAUCCACCACAUAAGCUCAACCUUUAACUGUUGCUUUCCAGUCCAUCUACAGACUCCUACAAUGUUAUGGAUAAAUGUAUUAGGUUUGGGAAUAGUGCCAAACGACUAAUAACCAUUCACACGAUUGUUUCUGGCUUCUUUGCAGUAAUAGUCCAUGUUUCCAUUGUUGUACAGAGAUCCUAACGUUGUAUUUCUGCACCACAACACAAGUUCUACAGAGUCUGUCCUUCACCUCAGCAGGUGAACGUAUCUUCUUCUUUGGCUUCUUCUCGUAGAGAAAACAAGAUAUAUCCUGUCUUUUUGUCAGUGACACGUUUUUCUAUAUUGUUAAGGUGUGUUAAGACCUAAACCAGAGAAUGUACCACCAACCUACCUGCAGAGAAUUAAAUGUCAAACUGCC